AUGGACACCUCGGAGAUCCUUCGAACCAUCGCGUCGCUGAACACACGAGCAAUCCAAGCCGAACGUACCGCCGCAAGGUAUGAGCAGGAGCUCGCUAGAGUUCAGCAGUCCCUAGUGAAGAAGGAAAAUGAUCUGGAAGAAGCUGUGAGGAUGGCCGAAAUUCUCUACGAAUUAAAUCGGAAACUGGGGUCCGUGACCGACUACCUAUUGAAACAGCAGGAACGUUUGGACGACACAGACUGCAGCUCGUUCGAAGCAAUGUUCAAUAUUCUUCUCAAAGAAGUGGAAACACAUGAAGUUAGGCCUGAUGGCGAAGCGAGCAGUAACAGUGAUAAACAAGGCCGAGCUGGGCAUCCAGACGGUAUCAGUUCACUGGGUUAG